AUGUUCACACAAACUCUUCGCGCUUCGCGCUCCUCCAUCGCCCGUGUCGCGAGACAGCAAGCUACCUCCAGGCGUACCUUCAUCACUCCAACUGCCGUCCGCCAUGCGGAUGUCAUUUCGGAAAUGUACAUCCGCGAGCUCAAGGCCUACAAGACCCCAGCCGUCAAGGCCUCCGACGCCGAAGGCUCGGUCCACAAGUUCAAGGCGCCCGCCCUCCCUUCCUCCCCCGAGGAAGUGAACAUCGCGAAUGAGUUGAAGGCGUACGAGUCGCAGACUGUGGAAAUUGAGGGCCAAGCUGAGGGUGGUGCUGCUGACAUUGAGACCGAUUGGUUUGAGCAAGAGCCUGAGGAGGAGGAGGCUCACCACUAG